AUGGAGGGAAAAGCAGGAAGGUUGAGCGACUUCAUGUGGAGGGCAAGGUCAUACAUUGCGAUGGUGUCGCUGCAGUUUGGAUACGCGGGCAUGAACAUCAUCACCAAGGUCUCCCUCAACCGUGGCAUGAGCCACUACGUCCUCGUCGUCUACCGCCAUGCCUUCGCCACCGUCGUCAUUGCCCCGUUCGCCCUCCUCCUCGAGAGGAAGGUGAGGCCGAAGAUGACAUCCGCAGUGUUCAUGCAAAUCUUUGCACUGGGCCUUCUUGGGCCGGUGAUAGAUCAGAACCUUUACUACGCCGGUCUGAAAUUCACGUCCCCAACCUUCUCCUGCGCCAUGAGCAACAUGCUCCCCGCAAUGACUUUUGUCAUGGCGGUUCUCUGCAGGAUGGAAAAGGUUGAUAUGAAAAAAGUGAGGUGCAUGGCGAAGGUGGGGGGGACGGUAGUGACGGCAGGCGGCGCCAUGCUGAUGUCGUUGUACAAGGGAAAUGUCCUCAACUUCCCGUGGUCCGCACACAUCCACGGCCACGCUUCGAGCGGUUCUGAGGCGCCCGAAUCCACCGACAAGGACUGGGUCAAGGGCUCCAUCUUCCUCAUCAUCGCCACUUUUGCUUGGGCCUCCUUCUUCAUCCUCCAGGCAGUGACCUUGAAGAGAUACGCAGCACAUCUUUCACUGACGGCCUUGGUGGUGUUCAUGGGCACGCUUCAGUCCACCGCUGUGACGUUUGUUAUGGAGCACAAGGCUUCCGUUUGGUCCAUUGGCUGGGACACGAACCUUCUCGCCGCCGCCUAUGCGGGGAUAGUGUCAUCGAGCAUCGCAUACUACGUUCAAGGGCUGGUCAUGAAGAACAGAGGCCCGGUCUUCGUCACCGCCUUCAGCCCCCUGAUGAUGAUCAUCGUGGCGAUCAUGGGCUCCUUCAUCAUCGCCGAAAAAAUCUACCUCGGAGGGGUUCUUGGUGCUGUGCUGAUUGUGGCCGGGCUCUACUCAGUGUUGUGGGGCAAGUACAAGGAAUUCCAGGAGGAGGAGGCAGAGCAAACCCCUGAGCCAGUCAAAGACCAUCAAAACGGCCACACAAAUGACCUUGAACCUGCCCAUAAUAACUGUUAG